CUGCAGUCCCCGUUGGACGCUCUGAAGAGGAGGCAAGAUGAAAAAGUGCCCGUCUACAUCGAACAAAGUGAUGCAGCCUCGCUAGUCGACACACACAUACACGCACACGCGCGCGCGAGGAGGAGGGGAAGAGGAGGAGAAGGAGAGCCAGAGGACAAAAAGUGCCGACCGCAAUGGUGACAAGCUAACCGCAGCGAGAGCAAGACGACGGCGGCGGCUUAUGCAGCAAGAUAUGCGGGGGGAGAACACGGCUGCUUAGCCUCCGACACAACUCACCUCAGCGGUCACUUACAAAUACAAGUUGACGGUGCUCGGCGUGGACGGGCGACUACACGAUGCGUGUGAGCCGGACAAAGUGGCUCCCGUCGGCCGCGCUGCUAAUCGUGCUGGCCGCCCGCUGCUGCCCAAGUAGUAUCUCCCUGUCACACCAAAAGGCAAACCAGUUCCUGAGCAGACAGCGGAGAGCUAAUCAAGUGUUCGAGGAGACAAAGCAAGGACACUUGGAGAGGGAAUGUGUGGAAGAGAGAUGUUCCAAAGAGGAGGCCAGAGAAGUGUUUGAAAAUGACCCCGAGACUGACUACUUCUUUCCCAAGUAUUUAAAUUGUUUGGAGAAGUAUGGAGGUUCGGCAAAGAAGAAACAUGACCUGAUCACAUGUGUCCACAACAUUCCAGAUCAAUGCUCCCCUUCGCCCUGUAACUCCAGAGGUACGGUACGCUGCGAGGACAAAAAGGGUUUCUUCCUCUGUCACUGUUUCUCAGGUUGGACAGGGGCCUUUUGUGAUGAAGAUGUUGACGAGUGCAGCAAAAGCAAUGGCGGAUGUGACCACGAGUGCACCAACACGAUAGGGAGUUACCGCUGCUCCUGUCAGCCAGGUUUCAUGUUGCGAGGACACCACAUGUGCGUUGACGUGGACGAGUGCAAAGACCUUAUUAAUGUGUGUGGAUCGGCUCACUGUGAGAAUAACCAAGGAGGCUACGAAUGUCUCUGUGACCUUGGCUACGUCUUUGACAAUGAGAGCAAGAGUUGCCAGGAUGUAAACGAGUGUGAGGCAAGUGUGUGUGCGGCAGAAUGUCUCAACACUGAGGGGAGUUUCCGCUGUUUGUGCGAUGGUCGUCAGGGCAUGAAGCUGGACCGGGACCUCAGGAGCUGUAAGGCUAUAACUCCUUGUAUCACAACGGCUCUAAAGAGGAACUCUCGCUCUCUCUAUCUGGGCCGCAUGUUCAAUGGCUUGCCAGUGAUGAGGCUCCGCUUCCGCCGAAGGAUAAACACUGGUUUCUCCGCAGAGUUUGAUUUCCGGACUUAUGACUCGGAAGGGGUGAUCUUCUUUGCUGGAGGUCACCUGAACAGCUCCUGGAUCGUGCUCGCAAUUCAUCACGGGAAACUGGAGCUGCAGCUGAAGUACGGCACGGUCAGCAGGGUCACCAGCAGCGGACCCGUCGUCAACGACGGCCAGUGGAGGAAGAUUUCAGUGGAAGAGCAGGGGCGGAGUCUUGUCAUCAAAAUUGACAGGGAAGCAGUCAUGAAGAUUGCGGUGAAUGGUGAUCUGUUCACACUGAAGAAAGACAUGCAUGAACUCAAUCUGACCGUGGGAGGAGUUCCCUUUAAGGAAAGCAGCCUCGUUAGCAAGGUGAACCCUCGUCUGGACGGCUGUAUGAAGGAGUGGCGCUGGAUGACUGGAGAAGACCGGUCGAUGCAAGAAAGCAUCAUGACCAAUGAAAACAUUCAGUGUUUCAGCACAGAGAAUCCAGGAGCGUAUUUCCCUGGCACAGGAUUUGCUCUCUUCAACAUCAGUUAUGAGUCACAGAACCUGAGUGUCGAGUUAACCCUUUAUCCAACUACUGCUAUCGGGGUGCUCUUCGCUCUUGUUCAUGAAGACACUGUCCCUCUCUCCAUCUCUCUGGCUGACUAUCACCCCGGUACUGAUGAGUGGAGAGACUUUGUUCUCGUAACAGCAAAAGGCGUGAUCAUUGCCAGCUCGCCAGCGCCCCUCUGUGAUGGCGAGAGUCACGAGAUCGAAAUGAAGAUCUCAGGCAACCGCACCCAGCUCUUUGUCGACGGAGUGCCAGGACGAAGUGAAGAAGCAGAGGUCGACCUUCUUUCUUCAUCCAGCACCUUCAUUGGAGGCCUCCCUGAUGUUCCCGUGGUUUCCACGCUGGUGUCGGCGCCCUACAGCGGCUGUAUGAAGGUCACAGUGAACAGACAAACUCUGGACCUGGACCAGGCGAUCCAAAAACACAACGACAUCCGCUCCCACUCCUGCCCCCUGCUGGAUUCUAACCAGUGACCUCGCACAGCGCUCUGCUAAGGCAAAUCCGGAAGCAGGAGAGAUUCUUUCCAGAAUAUUUAUAAAAUUAAGCCUUGAGUAGUGAGGAGACUUAUUCGGUCGAAAUGUCCCAAAAUCCAAAGCGGGUGUUGUGGUCGCCCUGUCCCUUUGUCUUUAGUGACAAUGGUGCUCGCUGCCUGGAGGCACUAUAGCAACGGCUUUGGCAUAUCUUAAGAAUAAUAAUAAGUCAACAAUGUCAACUUCAUCAGUCAAAAGUCAGCCGAUGAAAUUCUUAGUCUGUCAUAUGACCUUAUAAACCCCUCAGAGCCAGCCCACCAGGCGUUACAAAACAAAAGGGAGGCUGAAUAACUUGCGGAUCUUGUUUUGCUGGCUCCAACGUUAACGGUGACCCUAAGCAGCGUAGCGUCAAACUUGACUUUCAUCCACUCGUUUUUGUUGAUUCUAGAAAUCCUUUGCACAAUGUUGCAGGUAGAUGUGGUAUGCAACAUCAAGCCAUAGUCACAAGUUCAUCUCCAUCUCCUCCAUGUCUACCUGCUAUCUUUAAAAAAAAAAUCAAACCUUGUGCCUACUUGAUCGUGCUAAAAAAAAAAAAAAAAAAUGUGAUAUCUGUCAGAGCUGCAACACCCUGAUCUCCAAAUGACAGCCAACCCACUUCCUGAAAGGUGCACUUUUGAUUUCCGAGUUCUCAAAUCUUGUUUCAGAACCACGUUACUGCUAAAGCCGCCAUAACCUGGGCCAAAAAUGACAGAUUCAUCGCAGAAACCCAGGGAUGGAGAAAGCAAUAGAGAAAGAGCACUGUAUCCUACAAGCUACUGAGAGGAAAACAAGUGCGCUGUAUUAUACUGAGUAUGUAAAUAAUGUGACUGUACAAUGCUUUAUAGAAGGACAGAAAAACCUGACAUCUUACUUUAGGUUCACUGAGGUCAUCUUUGCAUCAAAGUUAAACACUCAUAGUCUCAAAUUGAUGUUCUUCAUUCCAAAUAGAGCCGUGAUUGUCAAAAACAUGAUUAAGAGCAAUAGUCAGUUAUUAGAAUCAUUCUUUAAUUCUUCAUGUUGUAGGUGCUGAAUAAACCAAAAUACAGGGAAAAAAAAACAUAAUGCCAGAGUGGAGAAUUGUGUGUCUCCAAAGUUUUUUGGGGGGUUCAUUCUGGUGUACCAUUUUUUUUUUUGAGGGGGGGGUUCCCUAAUGAAUGAAUGCCAGGGUACUAGGAUACUUUUUUGUGCUUUUUUUUUUUUAAUUACAUGUAUUUUUUUUAAAAAUCAGAUCAGUGUACAAUGCUACAAUUUUAGGUUUUAAUCAUCCCGGGUGAAAAUUGUACUUAAAAGCAAAAUAAAGACAGUCCUAUGAG